GCUGGAAGUCCAACCUCUAUCUCUGCCCCUCAUAGCUUCUCUCGGACAUCUGUUACACCAUCCAACCAGGACAUCUGCAGUUCCAGUGCAGUGUUUUCUGAGUGUUGUCAUCAAAGUCCAGUGCAGUCUGCUGUUGUCUUGAAAAAUCCUCACUGCCAGAACCCCCUGACACAAGGGGUCACUGUGACAGUAAUCUGUCAGGACACGUUACAUACAGCAAAGAGAGACUCCCAUGGGCAGGAUCGGGGCCAGGCACUCAGGUCUGCUAAGAACGUAAAGCCCACCCGCACUCUGAAAUUCUCCAAGUCCCUCAAUGACGUGGACCAGAAGGCGCAGAGCACCAGUGAGUGCUUUGACUAUGUGGAGCGAACGUGCUCAGAAGGCAAAUUGACCCCGACUCCAGGGCAGUGUUCAAGGAUUAACAAAUUUCAUCUGAAAGAAAGGAAGCCGCUGAAUCUCAGGCCUCUUUCUUUUAGCAAUUCUAAGCGCUCCUACAUCACUUCCCUUUCCAACUACUCAAGUGCAUCGGGAGGAGCAGAGAACAACAAUGCUGUACAUAUCCCCCUGUUGGAGGACAAAGUGGACCAUGACACCUCAAGGAGCAAAAAGCUGUUGCGUUACCUCUUUUCCUUCUCCCACACCUCCAGCACCAGCAGCCUGCAUAAGUUCCAUGAACUGGAGAGCUAUUCCAGUCACUUCCAACCUGAGAAAUCCUCCAGCGUGCUGGUGGAAAGCACAGACUUCUGCUCUGAUGACAUGGGAGAUGAUGACGUCUUUGAGGACAGCACCUCAGUGAAAUUAAAAACAAAAGAGCAGCGGGCACCACUCUGUUCAGUUGAGAAGGACAGUGACCUUGAUUGCCCUUCUCCCCUCUCAGAAAAAUUACCCCCUCUCUCCCCUGUGUCCACAUCGGGGGAUACCUGCAGGAUAUGUCACUGUGAAGGAGAUGAUGAGAGCCCUUUGAUUACCCCUUGUCACUGCACGGGAAGUCUUCAUUUUGUGCACCAAGCCUGCCUGCAGCAAUGGAUCAAGAGCUCAGAUACACGAUGCUGUGAACUGUGCAAGUAUGAGUUCAUCAUGGAGACAAAACUGAAGCCUUUGCGAAAGUGGGAGAAGCUGCAGAUGACUGCCAGUGAGAGGAGGAAAAUCAUGUGCUCUGUAACAUUCCAUAUCAUUGCCAUCACCUGUGUCGUGUGGUCUCUCUAUGUUCUGAUAGACAGGACUGCUGAAGAGAUUAAACAGGGACAGACUACUGGGAUUCUAGAGUGGCCAUUUUGGACUAAGCUGGUGGUUGUGGCUAUUGGUUUCACUGGAGGACUUCUGUUCAUGUAUGUACAGUGCAAAGUGUACGUACAGCUCUGGAAGAGACUUAAAGCUUAUAACCGAGUAAUAUAUGUACAGAACUGUCCAGAAACUAGCAAAAAGAAUAUUUUUGAAAAACCUGCACUAAUGGAGCCAAACUUCGAAAGUAAAGAAAUGCUUGGAGUUCAUCAUUCAGACACAAACUCUUCACAUUACACAGAGCCAGAAGACUGUGCUGCAGAAAUCCUUCACAUCUGA